GGAAUAGUAGGUACCUAGGUACUGUAUGAUAAACAGCGGAAGAAGUGGGCUAUCGGGGGGUCGGGGCGGCAUGAAGUUAUUUGAUGCCAGAUCAUGAUCAAAGGAUGCAUGAGCGCAGUGUACCUACCUCUACUAGUACGUACUAUUUUAUCUAUCCGACAAAGUCAUCGUAUCUGGCAAAACGACCUUCAAGUCGUUAUCUGGACAUCCUGUGUCAUAAUCUACCUAGACCGCAGGAAAAGACUGGUCAGAUCGAUCCGAGUUGUUGAGGAGGCGUCACGACUGAUUAGAACCAGUGUAGUGCAGUGCGGUGCGCUGCAGCGGUCGGUUACGAAACCCUCGGGUUCGCCCGAGUUGAGUACGGUACUCUGAGUUUCACACCCGGCCCGCCUAGUAAUAAACCCAGAGCUGUUAGAAGGGGUAGUAGAGCGAUUGAUUUUCGCAUAAUUAAGAAAUGCC